GUCAGUGAGUUUUUUGUUUUUCUCCAAAGUGUUUCAGUGUGCAUUUUUCUCCUGAAAAAAUCCAGUUCUUUUUAUUUUCCAGGUGAAAUUCAAUGAGAAACAUUCUAACCUCAAAAGUAGAAAAUUUGAUGUGAUUUAUCGCAUUUUCCGCACAAUAGAAGCAUUUCUCAUUGAACUAGGCCUAGAAAAGUGACUAAAAAUACGUAAAUUAUCGAUGUGAGGCGUUCAAGUGGCAAGUUGGUGUAAAAUUGGAUCGAAGCCAGUUACCCAAAUUCUCAGAGGAGCAACGCCGUGGGAGAAGUGUAUAAAUGGAAUUCCGGAAGACAACAUCUAUGAAGAUGGCUGGGAAAAAGAAUGCAAUGGAUAUGGAUAAUUUGGUGAAAAUAGUUACUUUUGUAUGUGGAAUAAUUUUUCCAAAAUAUCCCCCAUACACAUUCCCACUGUUUCUCUUGGCACAAACAGUGAUCCGGUGCCGGAGGCUCCGGACACGAUUACCGCACAAAAGGCGGUAUAGAUUGUGCCCUAUGCCAAAUGGUUUAAGUGAUGUUCUGCAGAAGGACAGUAUCGUCCAGUCAGAUCAUGCGGUAUUUGUGGGAAAGAGCAUUUACAGGGAGUUUGUGCCACAUCCCGAGAUUCCUUGGGUCAAUUUGACCAUUUUGAUGGAGAGCAGGAAGAAGGGAGAUGAGAAACAGAAUGGAAUUGUUGGGAAGAUUCUCAGUAGGCAGAAUACAUCGAUGCUUGUGCCGAUUGUUGAAUUGCCAAAUUGUCAGGCUGGUGUGAUCUUUAUCAAGGAAUCCAUCUAUGGCAAUCACUUGACUAAGUACAAAUUGUUGGAAAAUCACGCGUUUUCUGUGGCACUUGGCGAAUUCCAAAUGAAUCACAAUGUGCCACAGAUAGCCACAAAAGCCACAAUCGCACUGAUAAAUGUACCUUUUGAGCUGCCGAAUGAAUUGGUGGAUACAAUUUUGGGCAAUUUUUUUGAGAAACCACGAUUUAUCUAUCGCAAUAAUACCUACAGUGUUAAUUUGAUUGAAGAUGUCUUGAGAUCUUCCUGCUUCUCCAGGCAUCAUCAUAUCUUUAGUCGCCUGAAAAAACUCCAUUUUCGUUGCGUCAGUCUCGAAUCCAAGAGCAACAGCUACGAAAAUCAUGCAAUUAUCCUGAAGAAUUGUACAAGUCUUCAGCAAAUUUCGUCUGUUAAUCUCUCCGUGCCUAAACAGAGACUAAAUGACCUAGCUUUUGCCAAUAUCUGCCCAGAUGGCUUGAAAAAAUACUUUGAUGCCCUCAGAGGUUCACUAGAGCCUUUUCUAAAUGAAAGGCGGGCUUCCUUAUUGGCUGCUAGGAAUAUUCAUCCGACAUUUCUCCUCCAUGGUGAAAGGGGAUGCGGAAAGAAUAGCCUAGUCACAGCUCUGGCCAGCAGUCUAGGCAUUCAUCUCUAUUCCGUUGACUGUGCAGAGAUUGUCAGUUCAAUUUCGGCUCAAACUGAGACAAAAUUGAGACUGGUACUGGCGAAGAGCAACAUUUGUCAUCCUCUUAUUAUUUGUCUUCAAAAUUUUGAGGUGUUUGGUGUCGAUAGCGAGGGAAAUGACGAUCAGAGGUUAAUUGGUGCUCUUCAGUCGGAGCUAAUAGAAAGAUUUAGCAAAUCGGACCAUGGGACAAUUUUUUUGAUAGCUUGUAGCAAUCGUCGUGAGAUAAAGUCCACGAUUCGUCGUUUAUUUCUCGAUGCCAUUGAAAUUGAGCCACCAGGUGUUGAGGAACGCUACCAAAUCCUCAGGUGGCUCCAUACAGUUUAUACAAUGCGUCAUGAUGUGUUUAAUGAGAAGGAUUGCAAGGGGGUGCAGGUGUUUAGUACACGAUGGGGCAGAUUGCACAGGGAGACUGAUAGGGCUUUCAGGGGAGUUGCUGAGAAGACAAUUGGGUUUUUGUAUGGGGAUUUGAAGACGUUGUAUGUGAAUGGGAGGAAAAGUGGUUGGGAAUCUGGGUAUCUGACAGAGGAGCAUUUUGCCGGGCAUUUGAAUGAGAUGCAGGAACAGUUUUCUGAUAGUAUGGGAGCACCGAAGGUGCCAAAGGUACUUUGGGAUGAUAUUGGGGGAUUGGCAAAGAUUAAAGAUGAAAUUCAGAAUAGUAUUGGCUUGCCACUGAGGCAUGUUCACUUAAUGGGUGGGAAUUUGAGACGCUCGGGGAUUUUGUUGUAUGGACCACCGGGAACGGGAAAGACACUUGUGGCUAAGGCAGUGGCCACAGAGUGCAAUCUCAAUUUUUUGGCUGUACAGGGUCCGGAAUUGCUGAAUAUGUACGUGGGACAGAGUGAACAGAAUGUCCGGGAAGUGUUCACAAGAGCUCGUUCUGCGGCUCCAUGUGUCCUCUUCCUGGACGAAUUGGACUCUCUGGCGCCAAAUCGGGGAGUAGCUGGGGAUUCUGGAGGGGUUAUGGAUCGGGUGGUGAGUCAAUUGUUGGCCGAAAUGGAUGGGAUGGGAAAUGAUGGGCAAAAACAAAUUUUCAUAUUGGCUGCAACCAAUCGUCCUGAUCUCAUUGAUCCGGCUCUCUUGCGUCCCGGACGCUUCGAUAAACUCUUCUUCGUGGGACCCUGCAUCACGUCUGAGGACAAAUUGGCCGUCCUCGAGGCUCAAAUGAAGAAAUUCAACCUCGAUAAAAGUGUCAAAUUGAAAAAAAUUGCCGAAAUGCUAAAGAGUGAAAUGACUGGAGCUGAUAUCUACUCAAUCUGCUCAAAUGCCUGGUUGAGUGCGGUGAGAAGGACGAUAGCGGCUACAAAAGGUGGAAAGUCCCAGUUAGAUGAAUUAACUGGAAAGUCCGUUGUUGUUUGCAUGGAAGACUUCAAGAAUGCUAUUGGUAAAUUUGUGCCAUCAAUCAGUAAAUCCGAUUUGGAUUAUUUCAACAAUUUAAGGGAUAACUUUGGGUCUUAGAUUUAUUCACAAGGUAUGUUGUUUUGUUUUUAUUAAAAAAAAAUGUACUUACGGUUUGGUAUAAA